AUGGAAGACGUUGCUUGGAAAUGUACGACGGCAUUUCUGCUGGGUGCCGCGACACACUAUUUCAUUUCAUCACACUUGCAGAAAGGAUCUUGCUCUCGAGCCUCGUCUCAGUCUUCCUUGGGCAGCUCCGACGAUUGGGAAGGCAAGGACUCAGCGAGCUGGGUGCCUCACAAGAUGGUCAUGUGUGUGCGCACAGAUUUAAAAAUGGGCAAAGGAAAAAUCGCUGCACAAUGCUGUCAUGCGACGUUGGGAGCGUACAAGCGCGCGCUUAAGAGGACACCAGAUGCUGUUCGUACUUGGGAAAAUCUUGGCCAAGCUAAAGUUUGCCUCAGAGUGGACUCAGAGGAGGAGAUGCUUGCUCUAGCUGAAAAGGCGGCGGAAUGUGGACUCGUUAACUACGUCGUGGUUGACGCUGGCCGAACGCAGAUUGCACCAGAGAGUAAGACGGUGCUGAGCAUUGGUCCCGCACCACUGAAGGCCAUUGAUGAGAUCACGGGACAUCUUAAACUCAUGUGA